AGUGCCGCUGGAGAGCUCUCUCGUCGAUCGCAGGCUCCAGCAAAAAAAGAAAGACUUGACAACUAACGUUUUAUUUUAAUUUUAUUUAUUCAUUUCUCGUCGUAUCUUCUAGUCAGAGCAAGAUGUAACUGGUGAUUAUCACCAAGUAUAUUCAUGUAUUUGAAAAGAGCCGGGAGUGAGUGCGCAGAGACGAGAAGCCGAGCGGUUCUGCCGAAUGGAACUUAUUGUUGUGCAUUUGUUUUGACUAUGUUAUUCCCAAGUGAGUUUGGGUUCAGUCCAUCUCUGUUCGUCGUCGACCCUUGAAUUUUGGGAUUUAUAUCCGACUAGUUUAAGGGGAAACACCGAAAGGAGGAUUCCGCAAAGCCAGCCAGCUUUUCCUACAGAGCCGGGGAUUUAAAUCGUCAUUUGGUGUGCUCCGGGAGAGGCGAGAGUCAAAGAAAGAAAUUCAUGUGGCCAUUCUCUCUAUAGCCAAACAUUUUUGGGGAUUGCAUAAUGAGCAAGGAAAGACCUAAGAGGAAUAUCAUUCAAAAGAAAUAUGAUGACAGUGAUGGGAUCCCGUGGUCGGAGGAGCGGGUUAUGCGGAAGGUGCUUUACCUCUCCCUAAAGGAGUUUAGGACUGCACAGAAACGGCAGCUGGAUGGUGACGGCACCACAAACUCCAAUGGUUCCCUAGCCAAUGGGCAGCUGAAUGGCUCUGGGUCAAAGGGCAGCCACAAAGAAGAUGGGUCCUUGCGCUCUCAGAGCCUGGAUGGGAGCAACGAGUACUGUGAUGGUCCUGCUAAGAAGAGACCCCGGCUCCAGGCCCAGAGGAAGUUUGCCCAGUCGCAGCCCAACUCACCCAGCACUACGCCCGUCAAAGUUGCCGAACCUAACAGCCUGAGCACCGGCCAGGCCACUGUGCCCUCCUCUCUCAUAUCACUCACAUCUUCAUCCCUGUCCUGCUCCAUUCAGGACCUGUCUAGACGCAAACCCAAGACAGAGGACUUCCUCACCUAUCUCUGCCUCAGAGGUUCAUCGGCCCUGCCCAGCAACAUGGCCUACUUUGGAAGCUCCCAGGAGGAAGAGGACCUGGAGGAGGACGAGGAAGAGGAGGAGGAGGAGGUGAGGAACGGAGGUGGUACUCACGCCCAUGGUGGGGCAAGCAGCAGCCAAGCCUCAGCCUCCUCCUCCUGCCACUCGACACCCCGCAAGGGCAAGCUCCCCGCCAGGCAUCCACUCAAUGGGCAUGUGUUCAACAACCAUGGUAAAGCAGGGACAAGGGAGAGUCCGAGGCCCAAGGCUGGGACUCAUGGCAGGGAUGCUCCUGCCCCACCACUGCCACCUCCUCCGCCUCCACCUCCGCCCCUCCUGAGGGAGCGCAGUGAGCGGGCGGAGGCCCGGGAGCAUGCUAGGGUGCAGCAGGCCAUGGCCAGCGGUCGGGGCUCAGCCAAUGGGCUGCCACCGAGGAGAGCUGCUGAGGAGCUUCGCAAGCAGGUCUCUAAAGUGAACGGGCUGACGCGGGCGGGCUCGGCACAAGCUGUCAGUGGGGCCAAGAAGAGCCGCGACUUCCGAUUGCCGUCCAAAACUGUGAAGAAGUACACAGCCACCGUGUCCAAGGGCCAUGUCACCUACACCAAAGCCAAACAGAAAGAACUAGGCAAGAAAACCAAACUCAGCAGCAGCAACAAACACAACAGCGCCGCUUCGGCAUCAUCGUCAGCGAACAAUCACAAUCAGCACAACCAGCCAGCAGCCAGCAAUGGGCUGGCCAACUCAGGAAAAGCAGUGGCACCAGCCCACCACAGCAAUGCAAAAACCCGCAAACAGGUGCUACUAUCCAAUGGGCUGCACAAUGUUGGCGUCCGCCUCAAUGGCAGGCUAAAUGGGCAGCGGCAUAAUACCCUGGCCAAGGAGGACGGGCAGAGACAGUGCCAGCAGGGCCAGGGGGAGUGCCCAGGUCGAGAGGGACUGCGUAACUCCAAGCGGCGUCUGGAGGUGGUGCUGAACUCAGUGGGGACAGGGGGUGUUGAGCAGAGGGCCAAAACCCCUGGCACUGAGGCCAAGAAGGCCAAGAUUCAAUCCAUGCCUCUGGAGACACGCAGCAGCAGCAAGAAGGUAGCCAAUCAAGAAAAAGCUGCCACGCAAACCACCACCCCUACCACUCCAGUUUCUAAUGGACAUGUAUCAGAAACACCCUCUUCUCCCACACAAACUCCGCCUGCUACCCCACUUCAACCUCCUACUCCCCCUCCUCAACAAACCCUGCCUUCUUCUAUACCAGCAGCCAAUGUGGAGCCAGUGAACCAGCGACCUAAGCGGGCAUCGGCUGGCAAGCUGAUGUUGAUUCGACAAGCACAGCAGCAGCAGAGCAGGUCUCACAGUCGGAGCUCAAGCUCUUCCUCCCCUUCAUCAGGCCAGAAUCACCCACAGAUCCCAAGUCGUGCAAGCACUACCUCAGACCCCCAACAAACCUCUGUAUCCUCCUCCACCACCACAUCCUCCCUGCUUACUUCCACGAACAGCCCCGGACAGCUCAAACCAGCAGCACUGCGGCCUGCUGACCGUGACAAAGACUGGGAACGUGAGAAAGAGAAGUUAAACCAGGAGGAACUCGAGCAGGAGAAGAAGUGGGACUCGCAGCGUAGCUGGCCAGAGGGCUGGACAGCACUGGAAGAAGUCCCCAUCUUCCGGCCACUGCCGCGGGAGUUCCAGGACCCCCUGGUGUAUUUGGAUGCGGUGAGGGAACAGGCCGAAUGGGCUGGCAUGUGCUGUGUGGUACCACCACAAGACUGGCGGCCGGAGUGCAAGCUGAGCGAGGAGAUGCGCUUUGUUACACAGGCGCAGAGGGUCCACAUGCUGGGACGGCGCUGGGGCCCCAAUGUGCAGCGGCUGGCCUGCAUCCGGAAGCACCUCAAAUCUCAGGGCAUUACCAUGGAUGAGCCACCUGUCAUUGGUGGCUGUGAAGUGGACCUGGCACGUUUUUUCCAGCUCAUCAAUGACAUGGGCGGCAUGCAGCAGGUGAUGGACCUGAAGAAGUGGACCAAGCUGGCCGACCUUUUGCGCAUCCCCAAGUCAGCACAGGACCGGCUGGCCAAGCUACAGGAGGCAUACCUCCAAUACGUGCUCUCCUAUGACUCGCUCAGCUCUGAGGAGCGCAUCCGACUGCACGCCGAGGUGCUGCAUGAGAAAAAGCAGCUAGAGUCGCGCCGGGGACCUUUGGAGGGUCUCUUGGACUCUUUAGCACCUAGCGCGCUGGUGCUGCCACGCUAUGAGCCCAAGAAUGGGCUUGUAGGUGGCGUGGUGGGAGGGGCAACAGGGAACCACCGCACCAAUGGAGUGUAUCACCAUCUGAAGGAGCUGAAAGCUCGGGUCAAAGCAGGCCGGCGCCAGCUCUUCCCUCAGGUAAAACAACGCAAAGAGGACAGGCAGCAUGGAGAGGAGCAGGAGGAGGAGGACAGGGGUAUUCUCGGUGACCAGCACAAAUGUAUUUACAAGGGGAAAUCGGUGUCUUUGACGAACUUCUUUAGGAUAGCCCGGAACACCAUGACCAUGUGCUUUAACAAGGAACCGGGGGCUGCUGAGGUUGAGCAAGAGUACUGGAGGAUUGUGGAGCAGAGGGACAGCCACGUGGCAGUGCAUUGUGGGAAGGUGGACACCAGUACACAUGGGAGUGGUUUCCCCACAGGAAAGUCAGAGCCAUUUUCAAAACAUGGAUGGAACCUCACUGUCCUCCCCAAUAACUCUGGAUCCAUUCUGAGGCAUCUGGGUGCUGUGCCUGGGGUGACCAUUCCCUGGCUAAACAUUGGCAUGGUCUUUUCUACCUCAUGCUGGUCUCGAGACCAAAAUCGCCUUCCAUAUAUUGAUUACUUACACACUGGUGCUGAUUGCAUUUGGUAUUCUAUCCCUGCUGAGGAAAAGGCUAAGCUGGACAAGGUGGUCCAUACACUGCUUCAGGCCAAUGGCACCCCAGGACUAGAAAUGUUGGAGAAGAACAUCAUGAUCUCUCCAGAGGUGCUGUGCCGCGAAGGCAUCAAGGUUCACCGCACAGUCCAGCAGAGCGGCCAGUUUGUGGUUUGCUUCCCCGGUGCCUUUGUUGCUAAAGUGUGCUGUGGCUACUGCGUGUCAGAGACAGUGCACUUUGCCACACCGCACUGGAUGAACCUGGGUUAUCAGGCUUCAAAGGACCUGAAAUGUCGUCGUAUAGCCAAACCCUUCUCCAUGGAGAAGCUACUGUACCAGAUCGCCACAGCUGAGUCCAAGAGGGACAAUGGCCUUCUCCUCACCACCAUCUCCGCCCUUCUCAAAGACCUCAGGAACAUAGAGAUGCGUCAACGGCAGGAACUUUACAAGGCGGGUCUGCACUCCACUGCCCGCUACGGCACCCAUGAUGGCAGCCUGGGGCCUGGUGAGGGCCGCAAGAAGCCCCGCGGCAAAUGGCUGGCACUGGAGUCCUCAGAGAGACGCUGUCAGAUCUGUCAGCAUCUCUGCUACUUGUCCAUGGUGGUUCAGGAGACUGACAAUGUGGUCUUCUGUCUGGAGUGUGCCCUGCGCUAUGUGGAGAAGCACAAGUCCUGCAGAGGCCUUAAGAUGAUGUACCGAUACGAUGAGGAACAAAUCAACAGUUUGGUGAACCAGGUGUGUGGCCGGGCCAUGUUAAAGAGUGGCGGCGGUGGUGCUGCGGUCGUUGUUGGAGGAGGAGGCGGAGGCGGAGGCGGAGGAGGAGGAGGAGGAGGAGGAGGAGGAGGAGGAGGGGGGGGACCCCUGCCAUGCCCUCACCCCUGCCAAAGCAUCGCCGGCCAAGCGAGGUCCUCGAAAGCGCGCCACCGUGGAGGUGUCCCUGGCACGCCUGUCCUCCAGCCACAUCCCCAAGGCUGCGGCUGUGUCCUGAGGGGACGCCUCUACAUCGCCACCCUGUGCGCUGUGCCCAUAUCCCACCCCAAUCCUCCCAAACUCCCUUGUUUUUUAGUUUUUUUUUACAUUAAGCAGGAUCACUAUCAAUCCCUCCUCCACCACCCCAUAUUUAAGAUCUGUCAUUUUCUUUAGCUUUGAAAAUCCCCUCACCUGACCUCAAAACCCCCCCCCCCCCCC